AUGGUCAACACUUCCUGCGCCAAGAAUGAUAGUCGUCCUCAAGUUCCCAAUAACUGGAAUGCUUCGCAGAUCACAUCUCAGAAGGGUAAAACUGUUAUUAUAACAGGAGCGAACUCUGGCAUUGGGUAUGAGACUGCUCUCGAACUUGCGCGCAAGGGAGCGAAUGUAGUUCUUGCCUGUCGUAGUGAAGAGCGAGGGAAAGAGGCUGAGAAGAAGCUUCGUGAAGCUUUAG